UACUACUCGUGGGGUUGUGUUCUGUUUAGUAAACUAGAAAAUGCAAUGAGCUCUCGGGGUUGUAAGGCGCGAGCGCAUUAUCGGUAGCUAUAUAAAAGCACCCUCAUAGUUGUGGAUCAGUUUAGUUUGUGUCCGAUUACUUCGAACAAGACCAGCCUAAUAGCCCACCUUCGGCUUAGUGCUUCUUGCUCUCUAGAAUUUUUUCAUCUCAGAGUAGAGGAAGCAUAUAAUUGUUCUCCGCUGGAACAUUGUUAAAUUUGUUAGACUAACAAAAGUGUCUUCGAGUGUAGUGAAUCCUAUCGACAGUGUAAGAGUGCUCGCGGAGUUUUCAAAGCAACACAAAAUGCCUGCAAACGGAAUAUUUGACGUGACUCUACAGGUCAUCGAAGACGCCAACAUGUCUAGUGGCUCAGACAGCGCUGGUGUGUCUGAAGACGAAGAUGUCCUAUUGUUUUGUAACACUGGCAAAACGGUAUCUCCGAUGCCGUUGAAAAAAUCUCUAUCGAAAUGCAAGGACGAAGAGCACAACAAAACUAACAAAACGAACGCGAAACGUUACACAAGUCUUCCGAAUCGUGACCAACAUCAAAAAUUCUUGACUGACUUCCUAUCGGAAGUGCUCAAUGGCGCCGUUUUCAACGCAACUGAUCGAGCUAACAAAGUCCUCAACUGGGUGGAUCCUGACCAGCUUAAGCGAAGCAUCGAUUUGGCGCUGAAAGAUGACCCUGACACGGAUGAGAAGCUACUGGAGCUUACGAAUUCAAUCAUCAAGCACUCGGUGAAAACGGGCCAUCCAUACUUUAUGAAUCAAUUGUUCUCCUCUGUGGAUCCGUAUGGUUUCGCCGGACAAGUACUAACUGAUGCACUGAAUCCAAGUGUUUACACGUUCGAAGUAUCCCCUGUGUUUGUUCUGAUGGAGGAAGUGGUUCUUAAGGAGAUGAGAACGAUUGUCGGUUUUCCAGACGGCGCUGGAGAUGGAAUUUUCUGUCCCGGUGGAUCGAUGGCCAACGGCUACGCCAUCAGUUGCGCCCGCCAUAAAUAUAUGCCCGAUGUUAAGACAAAAGGACUGCAUUCACUUCCCCGAUUAGUAAUCUUCACAUCCGAGGACGCCCACUAUUCCGUACAAAAGCUCGCCUCGUUCAUGGGAAUAGGCUCGGACAACGUGUAUCCGAUUCGUACCGAUGACAUCGGCAAGCUGAAGGUGGAUCAUUUGGAGGCUGAAAUUCUGCGUGCCAAGUCAGAAGGCGCUCUUCCAUUCAUGGUGUCGGCCACCGCCGGGACUACCGUGAUAGGUGCCUUCGAUCCUCUGGAGCGCAUCGCCGAUCUGUGCCAGAAGUACAACCUUUGGAUGCACGUGGAUGCUGCAUGGGGCGGCGGGGCUCUGAUGUCCAAGAAAUACCGAUCAUUGUUGAAGGGAAUUGAACGAUCAGAUUCUGUCACGUGGAACCCACACAAGUUACUAGCCGCUCCUCAACAGUGCUCGACGUUUCUAACCCGCCACCAGGAUAUCUUGUCGAAAUGUCACUCGACAAAUGCUACCUAUCUAUUCCAGAAGGAUAAAUUCUAUGAUACACGUUACGAUACUGGCGACAAACACAUCCAGUGCGGCCGUCGGGCAGAUGUGCUGAAGUUUUGGUUUAUGUGGCGCGCCAAGGGGUCGUCUGGACUGGAACAACACAUUGACAAAGUGUUUGAGAACGCUGAAUAUUUUACCAGCAGUAUUAAAGCUCGCGCGGGAUUCGAAAUGGUCGUGGAAAAUCCGGAAUGCACCAACGUUUGCUUCUGGUAUGUGCCACUGAGUCUGAGAGGCAUCCCCAGGGACAGUGCCGAGUUUGCCGAAAGGUUACACAAGGUGGCGCCAAAAGUCAAGGAGCGCAUGAUGCGGGAAGGUUCAAUGAUGAUCACGUAUCAACCCAUACACGACAAACCCAACUUCUUCAGGUUGGUGCUGCAGAAUUCAUCGCUGGACAAGUCCGACAUGAACUACAUCAUCAAUGAAAUUGAGCGGCUCGCAAUCGACUUGUGAGAGACGAUAUGGACGGCAAACUUUCUCUUUUCUCCUAUUAAGUGUAAAAAGUUUUGUUGAACUUUGUGUGAUUUAUAUUCGUGUAAUAAUCAACAUAAUUGUAUUUAUUUGAUGCAUUAUUUUUUAAUGGUGGAUAAGAUUUUAUUUGUAAACAAACUUUCUGUUACAUUAUUUGUCAUUGAUUCGGAUAGAAUUUCAAUUUUAUCCAGACCGACACAUGAAAUAAUUUAACACGAGAAGUGAAAUUAUGUAUUUUUGUACAUGAACAAAAUGACAAAUAAAGUUAUAAAAAUAAUUGAUUCAA